CAAAUGAAGUUUGCCAGUGAAUUAGUUGACAGAACAGGUAUUUCAGAUGACAAAGUUGUGGAUACUCCAGAAGCACUGGGAGUAAAAAUGAAAAUUGAUGAUGGAGAGAUAUUGGAGAAUCCCACUCCUUUUCGGCAAAUAGUUGGCGCUCUCUCUUAUCUCUCCAUCACCAGACCUGACAUUGCUCAUGUUGUGCAUGUGAUAAGCCAAUUUCAGCAAAGACCCACCUCAGUGCACAUAGGAGCGGCAAUGCGGAUUGUCCGUUAUGUGAAAAGCACUAUCAACAAAGGACUAUUUUUGUCUUCCUCCUCUCUAUUAGAAUUAGUUGCUUAUACAGAUGCUGAUUGGGGUGGAGAUCCCAAUAAUAGGCACUCCACCACUGGUUUUUGUGUGUUUUUAGGUGAUUCCUUAAUUUCUUGGCGAUGCAAGAAACAAAAUAAGGUGUCACUAUCAUCAACAGAAGCUGAGUAUCGUGCAAUGGCAACUACAACAAUGGAGAUAGUGUGGCUCAAAAGCUUACUGAAAGAUAUGGGAAUUCAUAUCAAGGAUCCUGUCAAGCUUUGUUGUGAGAACAAAAGUGCAAUAUAUAUUGCUAGCAAUCACACAUUUCACGAAAGAACAAAGCAUAUAGAGAUGGAUUGUCAUUAUGUUCGUGAAGAAUUCCUUCAGAAGAAUAUUGAUCUCUCCUAUGUUCCAUCAGAGUAUUAGCUUGGCGACUUCUUCACAAAGGCUCUUGCCGCUGCAAGAUUUAAAUUUCUCCUGGGCAAACUUUCAGUUAUCACACCGUAAGUUUGAGGGGGGGUGUUAGAAUGUAUGUAUCCCAAAUAUAUACAUAUAGAUAUUUAUAUAUAUCACAUAUAUUAGUCAUCUAAUAUAUGCUUUAUAUGUAUAUAUAUAUUUUAUAUCUUUUGGGUACUUAGGACACUUAUGUAAUUUUUACUUUCUUUAUGUAUCUUUUCUUUUAGUUUAUUUUCUGUUUUCUCCCUUUUAUCCUUCUCCUUUUUCUGUUUUACCUAGAGGGAGACUAGUCCCAACGGCUAGAUUUCUAGUCGUUGGGACUGCCUCCUCCUUCUUCUCUUUGGCCCUCUCCUCUAUAAAUAGGGCAGCUUCUCUAUUGUUUCAUAUGGCUUUUUAGCCUACUUUAUGUAUCUCUUAUUGUGAUUAAUUCAAGUUCUUCUUCACCUCUUGUUUGAGGGCUUGUGAGUUUGACUUGUUGGUGGAAGCUUCAAGACAGAUUUACUUGAAGUAUUUGUCUCUUUGGGCCUGAUUUACAGUUCCUUGGGUCGAUAAAGCUUGUGAAACCAAGCUUCAACAUUGGCCAUAUAGUCGGGCCAUGAUGCAAGUUCAAUACAGGAAAUUCAGGCCUCCUUGUAAGAUGCUCAGACAACUACCUUCAACCUAUCUGCUAAAAAGACAUCUAGUUAUGGAUAUGGCUGUGACGAUGUCAAUAAUUUCAAUCACAAUAACAAUAAUGAAGGCCACAAAAUCCAUAAGAGAAAAGGAAAUUAAUGGUAUAAAGUAUAAACAAUAACUGCAGCGAAGCGACAAAGUUAACAAGCUUUGUAAUCAAAGAGCAAACCAACUGGAUUAGUAAGUCAACUAAAAAUUUAAGUACACUACUGGGAAUUCAGCAAGCAAAAUAACCAUGGAUUAAGCAACUUGCUAUGUUACAAUUUA